AUGAACUCAGUUCCAUUGAGUCCAGUUCCCUCCGAAAAGCUGCUUGGUCCAGGCCAUGGACCUAGUGUAUGGCCGUUACGUGAACGAUUGGCUCUGGCCAGCGCUCUGCUCGAUGCAGACAAUCAACAGUCCAGUUGGCCUGGGAUCAGUCGUCAACUUACUCGAUUCACCACCCCAGGUCGUCCAGAAUCCUGGUGUUCUGCUCGAGCAUGCGCUAAACAAUACGCACUCUUGCUAGAUGCUGUGGAACUGACCCGCAGACAAAAAACGCCGGCCAUACAGUCACGCCUGCAUAUUUUGCACGCCAGUCCACUUCCUGCAUCAACUGUCCCCGGAUUAAGUGUUGCCGAGCGGUUGGUGAAACGUCUUACGGCAGAACGUGUAGAUGAGCUACGCACACGAAUUCGUUUGGGACAAAAGUACUACUGUUUUCUCAAACAGUUUCUUGCUGCACUGGAAUCAGGAAAAUUAGACUCGCAUUUAUCUACUGUUCAGGACUUUAUAUAUCCGAAGACCGUUCCCACUCCGCUUUCUUCCGCAAAGAAACCUGUGUCGUCAUCGUCCAAGGGUGACAAUGAAACGGAUUCACUAAUGCGACAGUUCAUCCAGCUGUGGCCGGAAUUGGACACAGUAUACACUGUUCCCGAUUCCACUUGGACCUGUCCGUCUGGUCCCGGAGGAUCUGGGACGGGUGCUGGAGCUGGCAGCAGCGCUACUGUUGGUGGUGCUCCUGGUGGACCUAAAUCCUCCGCUACUGGAGGAACGGCCAGUAUGAAUCGUUUGUGUGCCUUGUUAGCCGAAGCCUCAUCUGCCAUUCAAACACCGUGUCGUGAGAACAAGCGUCGGACGCAAAACGGCCGGACACGUCCAUUGGGCUGGAUUCGACCUUAUGCUGAUGGAUCUGGCCUUGUUCAGACCACGGCAACUACUAGGGCUGCUGUGGCGACUAGACAGCGUUACUUGUCUAACGCUAGUAAAAAACGCAUUGCGCUUAAAAAAGGUCUCAAGCGGAGUACUUUAAAGCACCGAAAGGCGUCCCUGGAUAAAAAUGAUCGACGCGGUUUGACGCAAACCGGAUCGGACGAUAUCAUCGUGCGAGAUUCGGAGAUGGAGACAACUGACGAGUAUUAUUCUUCCGACAUGCUUGAAAGUCGAUCAGAGCGGGCUAAUCGUGAAUCAGAUAGCGGCGCGACCACCCCUUCAACCGUAGCCAUGUGUGCAUCAGACUCGGAUGAACCAAUGCCAGAUAUAAUAGCUGAAUUGGAAGAAGUGGCCGAAACUCCGUCGAUGAAAUCUGGAGAGCAAUACGGUACAUCCCCGGGCACAAUGUCAUCCUUGUCGGGCCCUGGUCAAACUGCUUCCACCCAGGAAGGGGAGAGCACUGGCCGGUAUCCGUCAGCAGAUGACGAAGAACCUUUGACCCCGGCUAUGUGUGAAUUGGAACAUGCCUCCGCCAACUCACCUCUAUCAUCAUCACAAUUGACUGAGGCCGCUAGUCACGAAACUCCAGAAGAAACAGAUGCCAGUUUGGAAUUGGCGGAGUCAACCACUUUGGUUGCACAGUCACCAUCUACAGAGGCGUAUAAUGAUUCGGAGAGACCUGAUAAUUUUUGUGAGGAAGAACCUUCAGCGCCGCUCUUAGAGGCUUCAGCAAGUCCUAAUGGUGAUACAUAUAAUGUGAAUAUGGAUGUUACUGCAACCGAGCGGACCACGUCGGGAUCACCUUUGUCUUCACUUCCUGUCGGAGUAACUGUAGACCAUUCCGAAACAGCACCUUAUUUACACGAGUCACGUGAUUCCAUUCCCAAUCGUUCUCCAUUAUUGCCCACAACAAGUCAUCCCUCGACAAGCAUCACUCAAUCGUCUGAUAGAAUUGGUUCACCCACAUCGUGUGGCAUCAUUGAAUCAGGAUCUGAUACCAUUUCAGAAUCACGUUCGAAUCGGCUGCAAUCACCCAUGCUAACAUUGAAUUCAGAAAUUGCAGAAGAUUUACCUCUUACAGAAGCCAGUGACACCAUCGUUUCGGAUCGCCAACUCAGCGAAUCUACUCGCGAAGAGCAGUUACGACAGUCAGAGUUACCUCUGAAGGUAACCCCAAUUAAAUUGAAGUUAGGCCCACAGUUUCGUGCCCCGUUGUUGUCUCCAGCUGUUAAUGAGACCACCGCUGUCGAACCUAUCACACCUCAAACGGAAAGUUUGCGGCCAGCUAACAGUUUAUCUUCCUCCUCGUCUUCCCCUGAAGACACCAAACAAUCUGCCCCAAAUCCUCUUGACAUUCCAACGAAUUCCGCGUCUGUAGAUUUCGCCUGUCUUAACGGAAGCUCUACUCCGCUGGAUCGAGAGUUGGCCGUCGAGCUUUCACCGGCCAACCUGUCCCACCUAGGCUACAACAUGUGUAUACCGCUUGAUUCAGGCAAUGCCUCCAGACAUGCCAGUCCUGAAGAACGACGACCUCGUGCUCGGACUAAAUCUAAGCGUAACCUUUCCAGACGUCGUAAAUCCCAUGCACAUGUUUUAUCAGAGGUUCUAUCCAAAGGUUCUCCGGUGGUAGAGCUGUCCCAUUUGACGUUACCAUUUUCCCCUAUCGACUCCGUAGGAGAGGGCAAUCUACCGUUGGAUCUACAGGCCAGAGUCACUCUGGAGCCGAUUACUUUUUCUUGUUCAGUGGAAAAUUCUCGGUAG